AUGAAGAUUGAUACCAGCCUGACUAUGCCCCAGCUCCCAGAGGCCCUGUCCCACACAGGCCUUCAAUUUGCUGUAGCCACUGAGGAGGACUUUGAAGAAAUCAUGGCUAUGAGCCAGGACAUCUAUGGAGGCCUUGACUACCUUCCUACCAGAUACACCAGCUGGCUGCAAGAGACCAAUCGUAUAGUUAUACUGGCUCGGAAACAGGGAAAAGUGAUUGCCCUGGAGUCCGUUUGUGUGAUUGAUGACGGGGAGACUAUGCUGGUGGAAGGUCUCCGUGUUGCCCCUCAGGAAAGGGGCAAGGGUGUGGCAGGAGUUCUGCUGCGUUUCUGCUCUGAGCUGGUCAAAUCCAAAUACCCAGAGGUCAAAGUGAGCCGUCUGACCCGUGAUGAUCAGCUCGGACCUAAGGACUUCCAGAAGUACCGCAUCAUAACUAAGCAGGGGAUUCUGCUGGUGCGUUUCAGAGCUGAAGACCUCAAGCUCCGUCUGUCUGAACUUGGUCUGGGUGGAGACAUUAACUCCACUAUGUCCUCCUCCUCCUCCUCCAUUCCUCCACCAGUGCGUCUUGACCAGACAGCAAUCCACCGACUUUAUCUGACCACUGACCUGAUGCAGGGGGUCCUUCCUAAUGCCACCAUCAUUCAAGAUUGGCAGCCAUUCAAGCCUUUGCCCAGUAACAUGGCCAUCCUUCUUAAGAAGGACAUUGACUGGAUGGUAGAUGAUGCAUCCAAUCCUACUGUGGCCAGCCUUUGCACCUUUCCUUUCAGGGUGCCCAUUGGAGAUGACUGGUAUUACCUGAACAUUGACAUGUUCGGUAAAGACCUGAAUUUGGUUCGGCAGCAGUUCUUGAGCCACCUGCAGCGCCACACUGCAACCUUGAAGGGUCAUGUGAUGUGCCAGAUGUUCCUGGACCCACCGCUGUGGAAGACGAUGGCGGAAUUCUGCCACAACACCUUGAGUGUGGAGCUGGUGAAAGAGUACACUGAGCAAUGCGUGGUGGAGUCAGAUGUCGUCUAG